GUCUGUUUGGAGCAGUUACUCGACAAAGACGAUGUUCGUUUCUUACCGUGCAGGCACGUGUUCCAUGCAAGCUGCAUCAACAGAUGGUUUCUGGAAGGCAAGCAGACCUACCCAUUUUGCAAGUCAGUCUAUCCUUUGCCCUUACCUGCGCUUAGAAACGGCGGAGCAAAGUACAAUGUUAACGGAAUGGAAGACGUUGGCUGA